AUGCCCGAGCGACCGCCAAAGUCGGCGCUGCCGAUGCCUUUCGUGACAGAGACAGUGGGCGGCGGUUGGCACACAUACGACAUCUUCUCUCGCUUGCUCAAGGAGCGCAUUGUCUGUCUCAAUGGCGAGGUUGAAGAGACCACAUCCGCCUCCAUCGUUGCUCAACUCCUCUUCCUCGAAGCCGACAACCCUCAAAAGCCCAUCAAUCUCUACAUCAACUCUCCUGGCGGCAGUGUCACAGCUGGCCUUGCAAUCUACGACACAAUGCAGUACAUUCAAUCGCCCGUCACGACGAUAUGCCUCGGGCAAGCCGCGUCGAUGGGCUCAUUACUUCUUUGUGGAGGCGCGGCGGGGCAGAGGUACUGUCUACCACAUAGCAGGAUUAUGGUGCAUCAGGUCAGCGGAGGAUAUCAUGGACAAGCCAGCGAUAUCGCGAUCCAUGCGAAAGAGAUUCUCAGGGUGAGAGAGCAAUUGAAUAUGAUCUACAAGAGGCACUUGACUGUGGAACGGAGCUUAGAAGAGAUCGCGAAGGUCAUGGAGAGGGACUUCUUCAUGGGCGCUGAAGAGGCGCGAGACUGGGGCAUUGUGGACAAGGUGCUGGAUAGGAGAUCGCAGGCCGAGGGAAAAUAG